AUGACGCGGCCACUUUGCAAAGUGCCGACGGUUUCUCGUCAGCAAGGUAACACAGGUGGGGUGGUGUUUGGUGUGCAGAUGGCGGAGUCGCCGCCUCCGCCGCCGCCGCCGCCGGCGCAGCUGUUCCUGGAGAACGCGACGUGGGACUACGACGAGGUGUGGGCGCGCGCGCUGGCCAACGGCUCGGCGGCGGGCGCGUCGUCCCUGUUCGAGGUGCCCGCCGGCGUCAUCGUGCUGCUGUCCGUGUGCUACGGCUCCAUCUCGGUGGUGGCCGUGCUGGGCAACGCGCUCGUCAUCUGGAUCGUGGCCACGUCGCGCCGCAUGCAGAACGUCACCAACUGCUUCAUCGCCAACCUCGCCCUGGCCGACAUCGUCAUCGGUCUCUUCGCGAUCCCCUUCCAGUUCCAGGCGGCGCUGCUGCAGCGGUGGAACCUGCCGCACUUCAUGUGCGCCUUCUGCCCCUUCGUGCAGGUGCUCAGCGUCAACGUCAGCGUCUUCACGCUCACCGCCAUCGCCGUCGACCGACACCGCGCCAUCCUCAGCCCUCUCAGCGGGAGGCCGUCCAAGGUGCUGGCGCGGCUGGUGGUGGGCGCCAUCUGGGCGGCGGGCGCGCUGCUGGCGGCGCCCAUGGCGGCGGCGCUGGGCGUCUCGCUGCUGCGGGUGCAGGGCGCCGCGGCGCCGGUGCCCUUCUGCCACAACGUGCGCCUGUCCGAGCGCGCCAUGCUCGCCUACCGCCUGCUGCUGGUGGCGCUGCAGUACGCGACGCCGCUCUGCGUCAUCACCGCCGUGUACGCGCGCAUGGCGCUCCGGCUGUGGGGGCAGCGCGCGCCAGGCAACGCGCAGGACACCAGGGACGCCGCGCUCGUCAGGAACAAGAAGAAGGUCAUCAAGAUGCUGGUGAUAGUGGUGGCCCUCUUCGCACUCUGCUGGCUGCCCUUGCAGACCUACAACCUGCUGCAGGACAUCUAUCCACAGAUCAAUGGGUACCACUACAUCAACAUCAUCUGGUUCUGCUGUGACUGGUUGGCGAUGAGCAACAGCUGCUACAACCCGUUCGUCUACGGAAUCUACAACGAUGCGAUCCUGCUGUUCCACCAUGGUGGACUGUUACGAAGGAUCAUCAGACUUUAUGGAAUCUUUGUGGAGCCAUAUGCAAACAAGAGGUCCAUGGUCGAUCAUGCAUAUGAUAAGCCAUUUGUACUGUAUGAGGAGAAGUUCCAGCGCGAGUUCCGGCUGCGUUUGCGCGGCUGCUGCCGUCAGCUGCGGCCCAGCGCCGAGGUGAGCGAGGCUGGGGGCCGCUCCAGCCGUCGGGGCCGCGAGUUGAGUGACCUAGAGGCGCUGGGCACGCUCGCCUCCAAAGGGGCGGGCUGCCCCCAGGCCACCUCCCCGCCCCCCGACUCCACGUGGCAGUCCUGCCGCCGACCGCCCCCGCACUCGGCCACCGCCACCACGCUGCUGCUAGCCAGGUCUGCGUCCACCUCCAGCCACUUCGACGCCGUCGCCCAGCACCGCUACUGA